GGGAAAUGUAGUUGAGAGCAGGGAAGGAAGCGGAAGGGGCGAAGCGGGGAGGGCGGGGAGGAGAGACUACGGCUCCCGAGAGCUUUAGCGCGGAAGGAUUUAAGCCGCCGCUUCGCCGGCAACCGUCUCCUCCCCCCACCUGUCAGGUUACGGCCCGCGCAGUUCGAACGCAGGAGAGACGGGUCGCCCCGAGGACCGCGAUUCGGAACGCGCGAAGCGACAGGGCCGCACUGAUUGAAAGAGGCGUUUCCUCAGAGAGGGCCUGGUAAGCAAGGUCUGCCGCUCUGGCUGAAGGGAUUGAGUCCGGAGCGGAGUGCAGUAGCUAAACGGUUAGGGCUGGUUAUAAUAGGGAAACCAAGGCGACGCGCCUUCGCUUUGUGGGACGGCGUGAGGCCUGUAUGCUUGAGGGGGAGAGGCGUGGAGGCAGCGUUGCUAAGCAACACGAAGCACUCUGGCCUGGAACCCGCGCGGCUGAGGCGGUUCCUUGGAAAAAUGCCGCCGCCUGCUAGAGAGAAGGGUGGCCCCUGAGGCGAGAAGGUCAGCCUGCCUCCCGGGGCAGAAGCUGUGCAGGGUUGGUGCUCUCUGGGACUGGCAGGAUGAAGAGCAGCGACAGCAGGUGGGGGCCGAGGAACAAUGCUGAAUGGCUGUAAAUAAGUAGGUGAGGGCAGCCUGAGGCUGGUUGGUAGUGAUUCUGGACUCCAGCUCCCAUGAGCUCCGACCAACGUUGGGUCAGGGCUGAUGGGAGUUGCAGUCCAGUAAAACAUUAGUGCGUCUCAAACUUGGGUCCCCCAGCUGCUGUUGGACUGCAGCUCCCAUCAUCACUGACCCCUGGUCCCUGCUAGCUAGCGAUGAUGGGAUUUGGGAUUAGAAGACAUCUGAAGGCAGCCCUGUUUAGGGAAGCUUUUAAUGUUUGAUGUAUUAUUGCAUUUUAAUAUUUGGUUGGAAGCCGCCCAGAGUGGCUGGGGAAGCCCAGCCAGAUGGGCGGGGUAUAAAUAAUAAAUUAUUAGUAUUAUUGUAGUCCCAACAGCAGCUGGGGACCCAAGCUUGAGAAAACGCCGCUAGUAACGGGUCAGCCUCAACUAGGCAAAGGGGAGUACUGGAAUAGCACAUCACACAUGGCAAUGCUUUGCCUUGGAGAUACCGAGAAAUACUUUGUAAGGGUCACAGCAGACCGCAGAAGAGCUGGGUAUAAGAAAUGAGCUGUUCCAGAUGAACUGCUCCAGAUGCUGUAAAAGGCAGCAUUGCAGUUGGCAAAAGAUUGGGUCGCCAUUGGGUGGUAGGGUUGCCACCCUGGUGUUCUUGGUCUCCCAACACCUUUGUUUAUGGAAAUGCACCCUCAAAAAUGUCAUUUUAAAAUUUGGAUUUAAAAUGCUCUUUUCAGAAGAGCAAGGAGCAGCUAAGUCAUGCUGCAUUAGCAUACAGAUCGGCAAGCAAAAAACAAACAAAACUUUAUUUGAGUGCUGCUAUGGCUUUCUGCAAAAUACAGUUUGCAGAUUUGCUUGGUGAAUUUAAUUCUCACCCCUUGCCUUCUCCCAGAACAAUUCAAUUUCCAAAGUUAAACUUACUUUUGUUUGUGUUUGGAAUGCAGAGGCACAAGCCACAGAUCCUUUACAAACUAAACAUUAUAAUCUUGUCUGAAGCUUGUUUGCAAAUAGUGUUUAUGAGGAGGAUUUUCUCCCCUGAGGGUUAGCUGUGUUUGUCUGUUGCGACAAAACAGCAGUGACUUGUGGCACCUGCAAGACUAACAAAUUUUAUUGUGGGAAAAGUGUUUGUAGACUGCCCUCUUCAUCAGAUGUCAAAAGUGUAAUCUUAAAUUGGUGUAUAUGGACACACUGUGGAGCAAAUUCUGAGGCCUGAAAUGAAAUGUAAAAAGGACAGUGGUAAUUAUGUGAAAGUAAAAUAGCCAAAAUGACAGUAGACAAAGCAGUAUUGGAGGAAGCCUAAUUUGUUCUGGCCAUUGUGAAUGCCAGGAAGGGGAGAGUGUUAGGGAAGUACAUGUUCAAGAGGCCAACUACAAAUUAGCAAACUGGUUGCAGGAAGCAUUAUAUCACGAUUCUGCCAUACUAUAAAUCCAAAAUCUGAAACAGAGGGCUAUUUUCUCUGUCAUUUUAAAGGGUUUCUUCUUCAAAAGGUGGAAGGUGCUUUAUUGAUAUGUUUUUGUAGUUAUCUUUUACAUUAGACAAAUGUAUAAUAUCAAUGGAACGUAACUUAUGGACUUCUCAUGAUCACAAUACGGAUGAGGAAGACUUGUUUGCAAAUGUUGUGUCAUUAAGGAGUCGGCUAAAGAAAACGGAAAGAAAUUUACAAGACUUAGGAGAAGAGCUUUAUGUAUGUGUCCAAAGGUAAAACUUACUGUGUUUGUUUACAAAUAUAUUUGCUGCAAACUGUCCUAAUUUUGAUAGUCGGUUGGAAAAAAUUGCUGCAAAAAUCAAGAGAAGGUGUUGAUAUUUGUUUUGUUUUCCUCUAGUACGAAUUCAUAUAAUCCUGAUGACACGCUUGAGAUUUUAACCAUGGAAGAUCUCACUGAUCCUAGUGAAUUACAUAAUUGUUCAACUCAAUCUUCUCUGAGCAGAAUGCCUUGGCAUAACAGGGAUUCUUCAAGGAAACAUAAGAACAAAGUAAUUAUUCAGAAUUUGAUGGACGUUUGUUUGUUCUUUCUGACAGUUUGUAUAUAAUAUUCUUAUGGAGUUAGUUUUAUAGGUCAGUUCAUAAUGUUAAUCAUAAAAAAAUAAGAUGAAUGAAUCACUUUGGUUGGUAUUUGUUGCAAAUAUUGUUCUUUGCCUUCUAGUGUUACUCGCUGUCUUUGGAUAAAACCCUGGAAGAAGAAAAUGAAAUACUAAGGGAUAAAUUGAAUAUAGUCCGCGAAAAAAAUGCAUCCUUGACUUCUCAGAACCAUCAUCUAAUGAAUAAAAUUGAAACAAUAAACUAUGAACUGAAUCAAUCAAGAGCACGGGUAGGUAUUUGAAUAAGAUAAAAUUUUGAGGCAUUCUGAUUUGCUAAAGAUACUAUUCUAAUUUAACUUGAGUUAAGGAGCUAGUUCUAUAUUUGUAUACUUGCUUACAGGAUCAGGGGUAUGGGGAUGACAAUCAUUAAAACAUGUUAUGAAAGUAAACCUGUGAGCCAUAUGUUGAGAUCAUGAAAUUAUUACUUCAGGGGUGUUACCCAAAAGUUGUAUUGCACAAAGUUAGAAGGCAAUUAUGCAUAUGUGGAUUUGCAGCAUUAUGUAUACAUGAUUGGGAAUUGUAUGUUACAAGUUCAUCUCAUUCACAGUUUUUAUUUUAGGCUUACAUUUAAAUCUUAGGUAUGUGCCUAAGAAAUCUAUGGAGCAAUAAUAACUUGUGGAUUUUUACAGUUUUGUUUUAUAGUAUAGCAAUUAAGUGUCACUGUGGGUUAAAACACUGAGCCUAGGACUUGCCGAUCAGAAGGUCGGCGGUUCGAAUCCCCGCAACGGGGUGAGCUCCCGUUGCUUGGUUCCUUCUCCUGCCAACCUAGCAGUUCGAAAGCACGUCAGAGUGCAAGUAGAUAAAUGGGUACCGCUUCGGCGGGAAGGUAAACGGCGUUUCCGUGCACUUCUCUGGUUCACCAGAAGCGGCUUAGUCAUGCUGACCACAUGACCUGGUAGCUGUACGCUGGCUCCCUCGGCCAGUAAAGCGAGAUGAGCGCCACAACCCCAGAGUUGGCCAUGACUGGACCUAAUGGUCAGGGGUCCCUUUACCUUUACCUUUUCCCUGCAUAGCAGAAAGGAUUGCAUAUGUUAAGAAAUGAUAAAUAAUGUUGCUCAAGCAUCAUCCACCACCCUAGAAAUAUUUUAAGCAUGUGAAGGCAUACUUUGAGCCCUACUGUUUGAGGGAAAGAGCUUCAGAUAUCCAAAUUCUUAGAUAAGCCCCCUUCCCUCAGGCUUAUCAAAUACCAGCGUUCUAGCUAACAUUAGAGUAACACUAUCAUUUUGGGGGACAGUUGGAAUCCUCAGUUUUGGGGAAGAAAUGCAUAAAUAUCCUGUUCUCAAAUUACUUCCCAACCCCUUCCUAGUAGUUAUGUUUGCCUUGGACUAUGUAGAUAAACAAAUUUCAGAUCUCUGGCUUAUGGUUUUGAUAAUGAAUGUUAGUGAGUGAUUACUAAUUACUAACAAUACUGGGUAGAUACAAUGAAGUGAGAAUAAAAUACAGAAAAUAUUUUCAUUCUGGUCAAUUACAUAUAAUUGAUCAGUAUUCAUUUCAAUGAUUGGACUAUUUGUAGUUUUCUUUAAUUAAAAAAACCCCACAGUAUAGCAAAGAGAGCUUUUUGGGAACUAAUGAAGAAAUAGCCUUCUUCAAAAGAAACUCCUGUUCAAUUGGCUGUGUGUGUGACUAUGAUGUUCAGAAGUCAAGAGGCAACUCAUUAAUGGAUUCUCCUUAUUGUAUUUAUAUUUUAGAUAUCUUUCCUUGAAUCUACUUUGAGUACACACUCUGUCAGCAUUCCAAUGUUAGAAGAACAGAUAGCAAGUUUGGAAGCAGAAGUUCAAGCACAAGAUAAAGCUCUAAAGUAGUGAACCCUUUGUUUUUUAUUUGGUUUUUUUUUCAAAUCUUCAGGGUUGGUUCAUCCAUUUUUUUGGCAUGGGUCUCAGAUGUACACAUGAUCCUUUUCCUUGCCACGGGAAGAAUGGGGCUAUAUAAUGCUUGUUUGAAUGUGGUACCCUCAUCCUAAAAUAGAUAGCCUAGCUCACUUAUUGCACCUCAUAUUGAGGGUGAGUAAAGAGUCUUGGAUUUCAUGUGAUUUAUCUCCUAAAAACAGGAGUGUUUAUGCUAUUAUUUUUUCAAAUUUGGAAAACUCACAGCAAAAUCAGAAUUACUUGUACACUUAUCUCCAACCUCUGACUUACAAUUCUAUUGACCUCAGUGAAAUUAACUCAUUGCAAACAGGGUCAUAGUGUUAGGCAGGCAAAUGCAAUUAGGUCCAGUUAAGACACAAUGGUAAACCAUGGUUUUUGACUACACUUGGUUGUAGCUCACCAAAGCCAUGGUGAGCUGCAGGCUUGUCUACUCUAUUCUUCACCUCUUUCACAGUCCAGAUGAGGAGAUCAGAAAGAUCUGCUGUGUUGCUCUGAUCAUACUUUUUUCUUAUUCUUGUUAUUCAAAAAGGUUUCCCCCGUACUUUCCAUAGUAGGACAUAAAACACCAUAAUGGCUUAAAAGCAUUCAACAUAGCAUGAUAGUUUUAGUUGGCUACUCAGCACAGCUUUAAAUUAACAUAAAAUUCUAAAUUGUAAUAAUUACUCACAAAACUCCUUGAUAUUUAAUAAAUAAUACAAUGUUAUUUCCUUAAACCCAUCAAAUGUAACUAUGCUAUCAUUCUAUUCUAUCCCACCAAACAACUAAAUUGAUAUUUGUUAUAUUUUUAUUUUCCCCAAUAACUUAUGCAGAUUGAUUGCAUCUUGAACUUACUGUUUUUCCAAUAGAAAUUAAGUUCUAUGUUUAUUAGUUUUGAUCAGGUUUUUCGAUUUUUAAAAUCUCUUGUUAGGAGGAAUAAAGGAGAAAGUUUGUGGCUUGCUUGCUUUGGGCAAAAUGCUUAGUAAAACUUGUUUGUUCAUUCAGGCAAGCACUUGGUAUAGCUAACAAGAUCCAAACCAUCCGUAUAUACCCACCAAAAUACUAGUUUGAAUUUAAAAAACCUGAUCUGUAGGAUACCUGAUUGGCCACUUCUCUCAAAUUUGUGUGCUAGAGGAAGGGGGAAAUGCUCUCCAUUACCUGACGAUCUUAACCAGAUACGUUCAUGUUAUUUGUGUAUUACGCAUACACGUUAUUACGUAUACACAUCUGUGAGUAUUAUGUGUUGUUUAAAAUGCUGUUUUCUGAUUUGUUUUUAGAGAAGCAGAAGAUAAAUUAGAGGAAAGCCAGAAAAGGCUAAUGGAAAAAGAAUAUUCUUUCCAGAAGCUGAAGGAGGAAUAUAAAGAAAUUAGAUUUGAUUUAAUUGAACAAUGCAAACAAGGAAAGAGGUGACAAAUUACACAAGAGCUUGAUUUUUAUUCUUAUAGCUUGAUGACAUAUCUCCUUGCUCCAAAUUUUUUGUUGUGAGAUGCUUUGUCUGAUGUUGAACAAAACCUACAACAUUCUUUCAGAAUUAAUCUAAUUAAAUUAGGAAAAAAGUGGAAUGACUGGCAGUACAGUGGUACCUCGGGUUACAUACGCUUCAGGUUACAUAUGCUUCAGGUUACAGACUCCGCUAACGGAGAAAUAGUGCUUCAGGUUAAGAACUUUGCUUCAGGAUGAGAACAGAAAUCGUGCUCCAGCGGCAUGGCGGCAGCAGGAGGCCCCAUUAGCUAAAGUGGUGCUUCAGGUUAAGAACAGUUUCAGGUUAAGUACAGACCUCCGGAAUGAAUUAAGUACUUAACCCGAGGUACCACUGUACUGGUACCAUGUCAUAUAGAUGUAUAUGACUUUUUUUUAACCGUUAAACAAAUUUUCAGGUUGGUUGCUUUUGGAACAGAUUAAAACAAAUUUUCAGGCUGGUUGCUUUUGGAACAGAUUAAAACAGCUUCUCAAAUUGAAUAGAAAUUAGUAUUUGCAAGAUUGCUUUCUCAUUUAUAUUACAUUUAGUAAAUCCUAGUUUAAGCAUUUCAAACCUUGAUCCAAAAAGGCCUGAAUGGAAAUAAAGUUGCCUAUGCAUAGAUACAUCAAGGCUGUUAAGAGGUCAUUUCCUCCUGGAGAGAUACUGGAAUUAGUCUGUGGUAUAUGAGUGGUAUUCAAAUAAAUAAACGCACAAGUGGAACUACUUCACUUGAACAAUGGGACUCUCCCCCUUUCCUCUCACGGGCACUGCAUGCUAUCCAAAAACCUAUUCUGGAGGCUUGGUAGACCCCUCCCCAGAACAAAUUUAAGAGGUAUGUGGGGAGGGGGGGAAAGAAUCCUUGCACAAGCUGAGGUCAUUUCACUGGUGCAAGAAGUUACUUAGCACUACUUUUGAGUACACCCCUGUGUGUUUCUACCUCUGCCCUAUUCGGCUCCCUAUGGGGAGAAGGGAAUGACUGAACCAAUAGAUUCCAUAAUAAGUUGACCAUUGAGUCUCCCUUACAGUGCAACAUGAAUGGAUCUGGGAGAUAUCAAGUUAAAGCUAUCUUCUCCUGGUUUCUUCUUGUGUCAAGAGCGAGGAAGGGACUGCAUAAAGCAUGUUCAUGAAGCCCACUCCCAAUUUCCAGGAAAUAAAUCAUGUCAGAACAAAACCUUAGAACAGAGGUGGGGAGCCUUUUUUAUUUGAAUGGCCAUUGAGCCAUGGGAAAAGUCAAUUGGGUUGGAGCCAGUGGUAGACAGAGACAGAGCCAAAAGUGGGAGGUUUACAAGAAUCCUUAAUUCGUGCUCUGUGUGUGCACAGGAGAUGGCAGUCAAGGUGCAAUUUGAGUUCCACUUGCUGCUUUGCCUUUUGUGCCCUCCUGUGUGCCAAGUAAAGCAUGCCAGCCAAAUUGUUGCUUGGCUUUCAGCCCACUCUUCGCUUCCCAGAUGCUAUAGGCUGAGGGACAAGUUGUGCCAAUGGACAGGCUGAGUGGAGGAGCCCAGAAGGAGUUACGGAGAUGAGUGUCCGGCUGUGGCCCAAUGUUUACCACAGCCAGAACCCAGAGUGGAUCGGAUGUUGCUGUAGCCAGAGUGUCCCUUUUAAUGAAGGAAAAAUCAUUCUGGAUGAAAUUGAUCAGCAGGGUGAAUAGGACCCAUAGGCUGUGAGUUCCCCAGCCUUAGACAGAGUAGAUCAGGGUUCUUGCAGCGUUCCCUGUUAGCUUUAACUAUGUUUGCAUAUCCCCAUUACCUCUAUAUAUCUGUCAGUGCUGUGGAAAUAAAUUAGCGGUGCAUAAUUAUCUUAAUUAGAGUUUUAUGUUUUCAGUAUUGCAGAGAGUAUUUAUUCUCAUAUUUUAGAUGUGAUGUAUUUCACCUUUAACUUUAGUGGUUGAAUCAUUUAUUGCUUGGAAAAUGAUGAAGAAAUAAAAUGCACCCAGUCUACUUAAUGCAUUGCUGUCAUUCAGUGAAAGGCAUACAUGUUUUUCUCAGCGUUCAAACUGGAGAACGCUGUUGUGCUUCAUGACAUCGAAAUGCUUACCUGUUCCUAUGAAGGAAAUGCUCAGCAUAUACUAAUUUUAACUGUUAAUGCUCCAAUGAAAUAUUUACAUCUGUAAACCUUGUCGUGUAAAAAAUCUAUAAUGCCAUUUAUUAAGGUGCAGUUGAAUGAAACUAAAGGCUAAAAGCAAAUGUCUGUUACCGUGUGUUGUUUGUUUACAAUGUUUUAUGUUCCAAAGUUUUGAUAUUGUGAGUAUAAUAUUAUACCAUUACUUCACUUGGUUUGUUUAAAACUGACAUACCUUUUUCAUUUAAAGAACUGAAUGUCAGAGAAAUGAAGCUUUGUUUAAUGCUGAGGAGCUGACAAGAACUUUUAAAAAAUACAAAGAGAAAAUAAGUGAGAAACUGGAAAAGGUAAGAUUUGACUAGAAAAUGUCAAUCAUUUUAAUAGCGUUUUAUGUGUAUUUGUCUCAGUGUUAAGAUCAUGUCUAUGAUUAUUUAUGUUCUUCUAGCAUGCUCCUAUGUCUUUAACUAUAGCCUGACCAGCAUAAAUCAUCUUUGUGCCAAGAAGAGCAUAAUUCCCAGGUUCACUGUUAAGGGCACAGGAGCACAACCUAGUCCUGGAGGGAAGCAACUCUAGCUAAAACAGCCCAUUCAGUUGCAUUGGAAGAAAUGGUUUUCUUUACACAUAUUAUGAAUAGUUGUAGUUUUAGACAGCUUGUAACUUUAAUUAUUGCUGAGCAAAUUCAGUGCUGACACAACCUUUUGAGUCUUAGUACCAAUAAAAUUUGAAUCAAUACUAUGUCAUAGCUACAAAUGCAAAAUUAUAUUUAUAGGCAAAGGCAAUCCUGUGCCUGCUCCAGUGAUAUCUUGGAGGUCAGGGGGUGGGGCAAACCCUUCAUUUACAUCAAAUAGCAAAAUAGCAUCAUGCAGAACCUGAAACCUUUUUGUCCAGGCUUUGGAUUAUACUAAUUCAAAUGCAUUACCAAGAUGCCAUUCUGAUGCAAUCAAUAGCAAAGUGGCAAAAGGUAAAUUAUCUGGUUGCUGUCUCCUGACCUGGACAAACACAAAGACCAAUUCUCUGAUCUUUGUACAUCUUAGGUUCCAGUUGUAGUUAUAUAAUUUGGGUAGUGGGAACAUUGGGACAGAACAUUUCUAUUCCCUCCCACACCAGUGUAGAUUUUCACUGAAGAAGAUUCUGAAAACAGGACUGUAGCCUUAACUUUCCCCCUCUAAUAACAGAUUAAGUAUUGCUGAUAACUGUCUUCUUUGUACUCAGGUUCAGGAAGAAGAGCAAACUUUAGAAAGAAAUUUAAUGAACUGUGUGAAAGAGAAAGAAAAAUUGCACGCAAAAUGCAAUAGCUAUAGAAGUGAGCUUGAAAGCACAAAGGAACAAGUGAGGUAAAACGUUUCACCUUUGACACCUCCACAUGGAAAACAUUGAUGCAUGAUCAUUUUAUUAAUAGGUAUUUCGAUCAUGAAAUACUCUGACCUUGAGCUAAUGGCACAACACUAUGUGACCAGCUCAAUCCAUGCGACAGAUGACAAAGCAGCAAAGCUGUAAUGUGACUGAUUUUUCCAAACAAAGUUUUCUCAACCCAUCUCGCAUUGGGAGGGAUCCGUUUGACUGCCCAGUGGAACAACUGGAUGACUGUUUAGUCCAACAGUCGGCAUGUAUUUUUACUAGAAGUGAUUUGUUUUCUCAGUUCUUGUCUGCUCUGCCUGUAGGCAGCAGCCACGAUGUCACUCUCAAGUGGAUAAUAAGUUUUCCUGUUGCUUGAGGCAGGAAACAUAAUCAAUCCAUGGAACCUCUGAUUGACCCUUCCCUACAGUGACGCUCCCCCUGCCCCCAGCUUGAUUCUUCCUUUAUCUUCUGAUAGAAAUUAUAGGUUUUGGAAUUUUAAUAAGAAAUCACGGAUUGUAUCCAAUGGUGGCUUGAUGCUUUCACCAGUACAGCACAGGGCACCCCAUCUUCAUAUUGUCCUAAAGAAAGCAAAAGUCUGGCCUAUUUCGCAAAAGCUUUUUUUUUUAAUCCAUUCUUGUAAGACAACAAAUGCAAAAAUAAAAAUAGAUUUCAACAUUUGAAACAAGAAACUGAAGCACAGUUUUUCUAGCUUAAAUUGGCUUAUGGAAGCUGAACUUAAUACUGUUGAGAUGCUCCAGCUUGUUAUCCACUUCGCUUUUUUAUUUAUACUCAAAUUUUCCCUGUGAUUUUCAUCACCCUAUAUUUUUGUUUUAAAUUUUAGUUUUUAAAUCCAUGGUAUUUGCAGUUAGAAAAUAUGCAGAAUUAAAUCCAGAAACAUGCUAGUUUUUUAAAAAAUAAAGUAUUUCUGGUGCAGUAGAUUUUCUUGGUUUUUCCACCCCUGAACCUUUCUCCUUUUGUAUUCGUUUAGACAAUUAACUGAAGAGAAUAGUAUUGGAAAAGAAAAUCUCAGAGGUGUGGAAGCCAAAUGUGCUGAAAUGGAAGUGCAACUGAAGCACUCUCAGCAGACUAUCCUGAAGCUCGAAAAUAAACUUCAGGUCCAAGACACAGUACUUGAAGAAAAAAAUACCCUGUUGCAUGAAAUUGCUAGCUUAAAAGCUCUUGUUGCACAGCAAAAUGAUCACCUCAAGUUGUAUCAUCAAGAAAUUGAGAAUUCAAGAACUGAACUAAAAACCUUAGAAAACAUUAUUUCCCAGUUGUCUCAAAGUUCACCAAGAGAGGUACAGUAACCUUUUUGUUUUUUGUUACUGUCAGCAGACUAAAUAUACACUGGAUGAAAUGCAAAGCCUGUGUGUGCAAGGGAGGAGCACUUCUAUUUAUGCACAGAGGAAGGGGCAAAAAUGUCUUCUAAUGGUAACCCGCCUGUAAUUUAUGCAAGGCAUUUCACAGGGUCCUCAAACUUGGAAGUGAACUGUGGGAGGAUACAGAGGGCAGCUUCUUAAAGGGGAAGCUUUAUAAGCACCUCUGCAUACAAGAACACUCCAGUGUUUGUUAAAGUUUUUAUAGUUCAUUAUUGAAGAAGAAGAAGAAGAAGAAGAAUACAUUUUAAAGGGACCUCUGCUUGAACAGAACAUUCAUCUAAAUUCCAAGCACUGGACUGACUAUUGCUGUGUUAAAAGAAUAUAGAGUAACCUGUUUUAUUGGACCUUGCACUGGAACAGUGUUCAUUGAUUUUUACUCUUAUUAAGGGUUGUUUCAAGCACUGCAGUCUAUCUACAUAGUAAGCACAUUGAUGUCAGAAUUGGUUUGUUAGUUUGGAUUUUGGUUAUAUAGUCUAGGAAGCGAUAAUUGAGCAAUGACGUCUCCAGAAUAGACCACAAUUUCUUCCUUGAGGGAGGGCUUCUGAUACUUCACAUACUCAUGUUGAAUAACUCUUCUCAUUGUCCCCUGAAAGGUUUGCCUCAAAGGAAAAAUCCCCACAUUUCUCAUUUUUACCUAGCUUUGUGUGCUACACAUCCUUCCCUUAUUUGAAUAGGGCUUCUAUAACUCUCAAAUAGAGCAGUGCACCCUGAACAAAUUCUUAGGAUGCAUUACACCAGUGGUUGCAACCGAUGCAACUGUCUGAAAAGCCAAUCUGCUAAUCAAGAGGCAGAGAUGAUGGAAUAUCAACCACAAUCCCAGUCCCUUGGUCACACAGAUGUUGAUUUAUAAUCUUAGCAUAAGUGCAAAAGCUAAUAAUGGGGGAAGUAGAUCAGAAAUGACAAUGGUGGAGAAAGCUAAGCAAUUUUCUUUUCCCAUCUAUGUCACAUUUUAUGUUAAUUUUGAAACAUCGUCAAAGUUUUUCACUAGAGUUAGGCACUUUUAAUUCCUGCCAGGUUCAGUGAAAGAGCACGUGCUUAACCCUAACUCUGCUGAGAUAAGGAGAAUUUAAACAUUUUUAGUUUGGGUUGGGUGGUAGAGAUUAAAGUUCCUCAAAUAAUGACCAAUUGUGCCAUAAACAACCUUUUUAUGUGUCUUUCCCCCCUAAACUUGCAGGCUAGUCAUUCCAUGCAUCAUUCUAAAGAAGCAUCAUGUCCCAAUUGCUGUGAUUUAAGUAGAUCCCUGAUAGAAGAGCUAAGGUAUUAUAUUUUAAGCUGAAGUAAUUGUGUGCAUUUGUAACGAGUGUCAAAAAAGAAAGGAAGAAUAAAACUGCUCUCCCUUCUUUCUUUUUCCUAGAUUAAAGCUGACAAUGAAAGAAGCAUUGAUUCAGCAAUUUCAGGCAGAAACUAUGACCAGUAAUCCAUGUCAAGAUCUCUUUGAUGAAAGUGAGAGACAAGAAUUGAAUGGCCUAGAAAUUGAACCAGUAAAAUUGACAGGAAACCAAACAGGUAUGCAUACUAUGAUAUACAAUAGUUGAAACUGUACAGUUUCUUCUGGUAUGGAUUGUUGCUUCAGAACAAUCCGCUGAGCGAUAAGAGCAUGCAUGCCUGCUCCUGUAAUUUAAAGAUUUUAUAAAUUGGUACUCUUAGACACAUGUGUUUCUUUUGUGAAGAGAGAAAACACCAACAACUGGAACUUGUCGCUAAGCAGUUUGAAAAGGUCAAGCAAAGAUUGCAUGGACAGUUAGAAGAACUACGUACUAAACUGGAAAAAUGUGAAGCUGAGAAUUCAUUUUUGAAGGAGACCAUGGCCCAGCGAACUAGUCAGUUUCAAACAAUACAGGAUGAACUGUUGGAGAAAGCUGCAAAAUCUAGUAGCUUGGAACGAGAAGUAAGUAGAAAUGAAGAAGUCUGUAUUCUUAGGAGCUCUCUAGAGCCUUAUCCAGUGCUACAGCCAUGUGUUUCCUCUUCCUCUCCUGUUCCCUCCAGCCCACUAUACACCCUUAAAAUCAGUGCUGGAGGGUGCGGAGACCUUCCAGAGAUUCUGGAUGUGCGUGUGGGAAAACAAGUUCUUUUUAUGUUGUGAACUGCCCUGAGAUCUACAAAUGGAGGGCGGUAUACAAAUUUAAUAAAUGAUGAUGAUUAUGACAACAACAACAAUAAUUUUGCUACUGGAACUAUAAGACUGUAAUAACAUUUUUUUUAUUUGUACUCCACCCAUCUGACUGGGUUGUCCCAGCUGCUUUGGGUGGCUUCCAACAUAUAUAAAAAAAUAAAACAUGACACAUUAAAAAGCUUCCCUAUACAGGGAUGUCUUCUAAUGGUUAGAAAGUUACUCCUUUCCUUGGGAACUGAUGGAAGGGGGUUCCACAGGGUGGGUGCCACUAUCAAGAAGGCUCUCUGCAUGUACACGUACAACGCCUUAGGUACAACCCACAGUUUUUAAUUUCAUAUAGUUCCUACUGUGAAAGGCUAUGCUGUUUUUGCAGGAAAUGACAGCAUACAAAUCAAUAUGGCUAAUUUGACCCAACAUCCCUCCCCCCACAAAAGUCACUGCAAUCAACUAUGCAACCAGCCAUGAUCUGGGCUCUCCAAUCUCUUGCACUGCCAACAAAAACAACCAACCAAUCAACCUAUUUAUGUGAUGCUAACACAAAAACUCUGCACAUACACUAUGCAAUGGAAUGAAAAAUCACUAGCCCCCUCUUUUUCCCACCUCUCUCUCCCCACUUCCCUCCCCAACCUCAAAAUGCCUAUGUAAUAGUGUUUCACACCAAAUGUAAAUGACAUGUAGAAAGGACUCUGAAUUGAAACAGAUAUGAUAUACGUACCUUUGUUAUCCAUGAAAAUCUUUUAAUAAAACCAUUUUUAUGGCCCUAAUCAUAUAGUGGCACCUCUUUGAUUGUUACAGGAAAAGCACCUCUGCAACACCCCAAAGGGCUCCAUUGUUACAGAAACAUGCCUUCUAUAAAUCUCUUUUUCAUCAGUAAUUCAUCUAGAGAUCCUAUCCUUGGAACAUUCCUUCUUUCACAGUGAUAGUUCCUUUUGGAAUUGGAUUGCUGAGGUUGGUCACCUAUAAUCCAGCUAGCAGCUAACUUGAUGCAUUCUUGACAAAGAAUGCCCAAAGUACAUUGUAGUGUUUGUGGCAUAGUCCCACAAGACCCAAUGCAAUACAGUAGCAAUAUAUUUGGUUCGCAUGUAAUGCCAGGGAGCGAGGUGCAAUCCAUUUCACCCGUGAUACUUGAUUGUGGGAAAUGGAAAAUGUCUAGUGAAACAAUAGAGCAUUACUGGGUGAUGAGGUGACUUGUGAAUAUGUGUUGCACAAAGUUUUUUUUUUAAGGUGUGGGCAGAAAAAGUUGUAUUAUCAUUGACAUUUUAUGAAGCGCAUGUGACAUUCAUGGAAACACUUUCAAUAAUUUCACCAUUGUUUAUGCUGAAAAUCUUUUUUAGACUGUGUGUUCUCAGUUUAUAUAUUUCUUUGUAGGCAGCAAGGAAAUCGUCUAGGCUCUCAGCCCUUGAAAAACAGUUGGAAGAAAAGACUCUUGCUUACACAACUGCUGCUGAAAAAAAUACUGAGCUGGAACGGGAAUUAGUGGUAAAACUCCUAUUACCUAUUCACAGCUUCUUGGGAUGGAAGGAGAUGUAUUUACAUACGUAAUGUUAUAUUAAAUACGCCAACAGGCAUUAGUGUUUUCAGAGUUUACCUCUAACGUGAUUUUUAACAAGCAAAUUGUUUUACCUUAAGUGCUUUCAAACAGUUCAGUACAAUGCAGUUUCUGUUUAUACUGUUUUUAGCUGCACUUUGCUUUGUAAUAUGACAUAACGUGGCACUGAAAGAUCCAUAUAAUUUUCCACUGAAGCAUUAAUUUAUGCAGCUCAAUAAUGAAGUUGUUUUUCCUAGGAAGUGAAUGCUCAGCUUCACAGCUUAGAAAGAAACUUCAAUGAGGAACAUGGGCACUUAGCCACAGUGCUUAAAAAAACAAAGAUGAUUCAUCACGAGCAUCAGAAAGAAUUGGAAAAGCAGAUUGAAUUGGUAAGCUUCUAAUUUGUAUAGUAUUUUUCCCCCCAGUUCCUAAAUAUUUUGGUGAUCUCUUAAUAAAAGAUUCAGUGUCUCUCCCAUUCUGCCUUUGUGCUCGAUGCAUAAAUAUAAGAUCAGUCACAUGUAAGAGGCCACUUGAAAUUUAAGUGUAAGGAAGUUGCUUCAGCUGGCAAGUUGUUUCUGAGAGUUAGCUCGGAUUUUGCCCUGGUGUUCUUUCCAGCUACAAAAAUAAUUCUGAAGCAGCAAUAGGCUGCGGACAUUGAGCUGGGUGAAGGGAAAGCCUUCCCAAAAAUGUUCAUAAAGGCACAAACCUACUUCCAUUGAUGGAUAAUUUGUUAUCUCCCCUGCACUUUCAAGAAGCAACUCCAUCAAAAAAUGAAAAUGUCAGGGAGGACUUUCAGCUCUCUCCCUAAAUUCAGCAUACCACAGAACUUAUAGCUGCAGGACAUUCUUUAGUAAGUAUCUCCAGACAUAUAGUUUUACUCAGAGUAGACUUAUUGAAAUUAAUGAACAUGGCUUGGUUAGGCCCAUUAGUUUCAACAGGUCUACUCAAAAUAAAACUUACUUGAAUGCCACCCAUAAAUAUAUUGUUGGCGACCCUGUUAUAAUGAGUAUCAUGUCAAUGUAGCCAAUAAAUGUAACCAGUUGUUGCAGCUAUAUUAUUUGUCAUUCUCUAACAAAUACUUUAUAGGGACGUGGGUGGAACUGUGGGUUAAACCACAGAGCCUAGGACUUGCUGAUCAGAAGGUCAGCGGUUCGAAUCCCUGUGACUGGGUGAGCUCCCGUUGCUCGGUCCCUGCUCCUGCCAACCUAGCAGUUCGAAAGCAUGUCAAAGUUCAAGUAGAUAAAUAGGUACCUCUCCGGCGGGAAGGUAAACGGCGUUUCCGUGCGCUGCUCUGGUUCGCCAGAAUCGGCUUAGUCAUGAUGACCACGUGCCCUGGAAGCUGUACACCGGCUUCCUCGGCCAAUAAAGUGAGAUGAGCACCACAACCCCAGAGCCGGCCACGACUGGACCUAAUGGUCAGGGGUCCCUUUACCUUUAACAAAUACUUUAUGGGUCAGUAACUAAUUCUUCUUUUUAAUAGCUUGAGUCUCGACUAGAAACGAGAUGCCAGCAAUUCCAUGAGCAGGAGAACACAAUGUCACUUUUACAGCAAGAUAUCUUAUGUAAACAACGUCAGAUUGAAUCACUAGAUCUACUGCUAAUAGAAAGCAAAGAGGUAUUUUUUAUUUUUAUUGUGCGGGCUGCUUGCAAAAUACCCGGGGGUUUUUUUUCAUAUGGUCAUUCCCGGUGCUGUGUGUUGUUGCUUCAGAAAGUGCUGCUGGCAUGCUCUGUGACAGCAGCAAAAUCUUAACAUUUCCUCAGGGAGGGGAGAUAAGUUUACACAGUCCUUGCACAGGGCUGCUUCUGUCAGGAUUUAUUAGUUCCAUCACUCCUGUUGAGUUUAUUUUUCUUGGUGGACUAGUAUUUUUUAAAAGUGAACUGUAAAAUCAUGUUUUAAGGUGGUAUGUUUUCUUCUUUUGAUGCUGUAUUCAAACAGGAAAUGGAAAAUCAGAAAACCAAGAAAGAGGAAGCAAUAAGGAUAUUACAGAGCCAAUUUACUGAGGAAACAAUCAAGGUAUGUACACUUCCUUUUCUUUUUUGACUUCUUGUGACUUCUCAUGUCUUGCAAUAUUUUAUUUCAUAAAAUGUAUACACCUCUGUUCCUAAAAAAACCCCUCAAAAUGAUUUACAAGAAGUUUAAGCAAUAAAAUCAAGAAAAGUUUGCUACUGCAUUUUGAAACCUGCAAAAGUUAACAUACAAACAGAUUAAAAUUGACUUAUUAAUUUAAUUAGCUUCUUAAGCAUCUUGGUAGGCUUUCUGUUCCUUUCUCUGAUCAAAACUUUAGACUAUUUAUACUGAAGGCUCUCUUUCCCAUCAUUUAUUCUCCUUAUUUCAUUAUGAAAGGGAAGAAUUUAAGAGUGAGUACCUUAAAAUGAUUUUUUCUUAGGCACCAAAGUAACGUUUGAGCUAUUUAAAUUUGUAAAGAAAAACCCUUUGUGAUUCUAUGUUUAUACUUAUAUCUGUUAUGGUUUAUUAAACUAAUCCUUAAUUUUAUUAUUUAUAUAGCAUGAUCACAGUACAAAACACUUUACAUGCUAACAAUCAUCACAGACAGGCCUCUGCCCCGAAGAGCUUACAAUCUAGAUUUUGAGUCAUGGAGCUGGCAACAAAAAAUGGGGAGGGAAGAAAGGCAAGGGUGAUUAAGAAUCAAUAUGAACAAAUGUACACAUACAUUUAUUUUCCUUAUGGAUGAGGGCUAAAUAACCAAUAGGGUUCUUGAGGAAAGGUGGAUUUAAGGAUGAAUUUGAAAGAAGAGACAAAGGUAGCACCAUGUCGAUCAGGGAGAGAGUUCCAAACAUAAUCACAUGAUACUUUAAAAUGAAGUUUGCCCCAUUUCCCACAACCCACAGAAAAGUAUGUUUGAGGGAGAGAAUGAGACAUCCUAUAACAUUCUGUCUGUAUAACCUACAGACAAGAAUCACAACAUUAGGGUUCUUGUAAUUUUAAUUCAUUGCAUUGAUGAGAUUAUACCAGGGUUAUUUUUGAGUCCCUGGAAUACUGCACUGUGAAAAGCUACUCCUGAUGAAUUCCUUCUGCUGCAUAGCUAUUAGAGGUGCAGGUGAGCUACAGCUGAAAUGUUUCUCUAUCUCCGAGGUAUAAUAAAUUAAUAAGUACUGCACCACAUUCAACUUUAAUUUGUGAAAAACAUUUGUGGCGUGGGUGUGCAAACAUGCAAAUACUUUCUUACGGCUUCAUUUUAAAAUGUUGUGCUGCUCAAAGAUAUGCUCAGAUAUUGUUAUUUUAAAGAACUGGUUUACAUUUCUGCCAGUUUAUUAACUAAAACUACAUUGGCUUUGUACCCAUAACAAAAAGUAGCAUAUUUGAUUGCAAUUUUAGGUUCUGGGGGUGUUCUUUCCCAAAUUUUAUCUCCCUUUGAUUCUCAUUAGGUCAGACAGCUACAAGCAGCGCUAGAUGACUGCAAGGAAGAUCUCGCGGUAUAUUUAAGUAAUCUUGAAGAAAGUAAAGUGUUAUUUGAAAAACAGCUGGCGAAGAAAAAUGACGAGGUAAACUUUUUUGAUGCCUACGUCAUUAAUGCCUACAUUAGAGCAUUAAUGUGUGCAUGGGCCAUUUUUAUGUGAGCACAUUUGUGCAGGUUUAUCCACCUGUGAGUGCUUUCAAUUUUAUGUUUCCAAAAUCUGUCAUAAUGUUUCUCAUUCAAAUUAGUGAGAGGUGCUUGCUGGGGUGUAUUCAUGCUAUCUGCUGUUUCUUCCCCUCGCUUAGUACUUUCCCACCCUUUGCGAGUUCAGGAAACCAGAGGUCCAUUGUGGGUGUGCACAUGGGUUUAUGCACAAGACAAAGACAUUGCUCUUCGAUUGUUAACAACUUAGUGUUCUUCUGGACAUUUUAACUGCCACCCCCCUUUCAGAUGGUUCUGAUUAUGUUAAUGUUUUGCAGAGAAGGUGGGGGUGCUUUGCUUCUUAGAAUUGUACAUUACAAUUUGUUUAGUUUUAAUUGUUGCGUUUUAUAUAUUGUGUUUUUAUAUCGUAAGUCCUCUCAAAACUAUUUUAGUAGUAAGUGUAUAAUAAAUUUACACACACACACACACACAGACACACACUAUAUUAUAUUUAUAUCCCGCCUAAAGGUGGCAGACAUGUAGUUGGCCAUAAUCAUGGUAGCUCCAUGUGGUGGCAUUUGAAUCUUUGUUCAGAAAAAAGCUUUACUUGAGAAUUGGCUUAAUUGCGGUAAAUAUUUUACUCGUAGGACAUGUAAGGAAAUACAGAAGCAUUAAAAUCUUCAGUGUGGCUUAGGAUAGAAAGUGUGCCAGCAGUAUGCAGAUAUAAUAAUUUAGGAUGGUUUAUUUUAAAAUAUAAGUAGGUUUUUCCCAAAGUUCCUCCUUUUUUUUAGAUAGAAGCAUAUUUUUAAAUAUAGACUAUACUACGUGAAUUUGAUUUUAUAUUAUAAUGAAAUUCUGUGAUCAUAUGUGUUUUAGUAGUAACUUAUGUAUGUUGUCAGGCUGCUCUCCUAUGAAUGAUGAAAUGGGAGCAAGCUGAGAAUGUAUCUCAAAGUUAAUACUUCAUCGUUUUUAUUUGUUUCCAGAUACAGCGGUUGCACAAAGAAAUAAAGUUGAAAAAUAACAAUCUUCAGUCAACUAGUGAACAAAACUUCAUUCUGCAGCAAACACUGCAGCAGCAGCAGCAAAUGUUAAACCAGGAAACCAUUAGGAAUUGUGAAUUAGAAGACAGCCAAAUUAAGCUCCAGCAACAGGUACAUAAUGAUCAGUAAAGGGUUUAUAUUGUCCAUGUUACUAUUUGAUACACUUUCAUGUAUCAUGUAUAUUUGGGAAACAAAAUUAUGUUAUGACAUAUGCUGCUCUUGAAAAUGCUUUCUCUAUCAAAAUAGUUUCCUAUGAAGUGUGAGGGGCUACUGUUUGAGGAACACGUGCCUAAAGCCCUGUUGGCCAUAUAGAAUUAGUUUGUUUAUUUAGAUAUUUGCCACUGGAUGUGGUCUAUAAAGGCACAAGUGCAGCAUAGGUCUGUACGCAUUAUAUCCUGCAGUCAGAUUUGCAAAAUUCACGUACACAGGAUUAGGCAAAUGGCACAACUUUUUUUUUUUAUUUCUGAAGUUUGUAAGAGCUUAUUUGCAUACUAAUAGCCUGUUGCUAUAGUUACAGUACAAUCUUAUGCAUGAUUAUUUAGAACUCCCACUGUGUUCGUUAGAGCUUAUUCCUUGGUUAAGGGUUUUUAGGAAUGUGCAAAUAUGCACUUCCCUGCUUUACUUUCAUUUUGUUUGAGUGAUGUUUUAUAAUCCAUAUAAUGCAUUGUGUUCAUUAUAUGGAAGCUUUAUACUUUUCAUUCAUACCAAUAAAAAUUGACUUUAGGGUAGUGGUACCACUUGAGCAGGGAUGCGGGUGGCACUGUGGGUUAAACCACAGAGCCCAGGACUUGCCGAUCAGAAAGUCAGCGGUUCGAAUCCCAGUGACGGGGUGAGCUCCCGUUGCUCAGUCCCUGCUCCUGCCAACCUAGCAGUUCAAAAACACGUCAAAGUGCAAGUAGAUAAAUAGGUACCGCUCUGGCGGGAAGGUAAACGGCGUUUCCGUGUGCUGUUCUGGUUCGCCAGAAGCGGCUUAGUCAUGCUGGCCACAUGACCCGGAAGCUGUACGCCGGCUCCCUCGGCCAAUAAAGCGAGAUGAGUGCCGCAACCCCAGAGUCGGCCACGACUGGACCUAAUGGUCAGGGGUCCCUUUACCUUUACCUUUACCACUUGAGCAGUCUCCAAGCCAUCAGUUCCACAGCAGUCUUGUUACAUUAAAAUUAACUUCUCUGUUACAACUGGUUUCUGGUGGCUCCAGUCUGGUGGAACGCCCCAUCACAAGAGACUAGGGCCCUGCGGGAUUUGACAUCUUUCCACAGGGCCUGCAAGACAGAGCUGUUCCACCAGGCCUUUGGCCAAGGCACAGCCUUUGGUAAUUCUUGAAAGAACUCUAGCCCAAUGGUUGCCAUCAAUUUGAUUUGAACUGAUUUUAUAAUGAAUUGAUUUUAGAAUGCUGUAAUAUUUUACUGUUGUUAGCCGCUCUGAGCCCGGCUUUGAUUGGGGAGGGCGGGAUAUAAAAAAAAAAUUAUAUUAUUAUUAUUCAUUAGUUUUAUGCCUUAGUUGCCUUUUUACUGGAGAAUUAUGCUCUAUACCUGUGAAUCAGAAGGUGAACAGACAUUUAUUUUUUGUUAUUGGACACGUAUCUUGAAAACAAUUGUUUCCAAAGGAGAGGAACUAUAUCCAUUGGGCAAACAGUAAUCAAAGGCCUUUAAGAUAAAGCUAGAUACACAAACUUGCACACGUGUAUAUUUGUUUGUGGUUUCAGGGGAUAGAUACCUGCAAAUGCUCUUUCUUGGCUUUCUCUCUAAACUUUGGAUAAGGAAAUAAAUAUUGAAUAGCCUAACAGUGCUGUUCUGUGUAUGUCUACACACUAACCUCUAUUAAAUCCUUUUAAAAUAGGUAUUAAAAUUAGAGCAAGAACUUCAAAAACAGAAGGAAAUUAUGGAGGAAGAGUUGAGAAAAACUACUGAGAAUCUCCAUUUAGUCUCUGAAGAAGCUGAUUUGAAAAGACAAAAAAUAGCAGAACUCACGGGCACAAUCAGGUAGGUUCAGAAUACUCUUCUGUGGAUCUGUCCUUUUAAAUCUCUAUACUGCAUAUAUCAUUACUUUUAAAUUCUUUUUCUGAAUGUAUCAUCUUUUGAAAGAAGAGGUUUCCAGAACAGAACUUUUUAAGCAAGUUAGUUCAAGCAUUAAGGGCCUGGUAGCUUAAGCCCAAGGGACGCGAGUGGCGCUGUGGGUUAAACCACAGAGCCUAGGACUUGCCGAUCAGAAGGUUGGUGGUUUGAAUCCCCGCGACGGGGUGAGCUCCCAUUGCUCGGUCCCUGCUCCUGCCAACCUAGCAGUUCAAAAGCAGGCCAAAGUGCAAGUAGAUAAAUAGGUACGGCUCCGCCGGGAAGCUAAACGGCGUUUCCGUGCGCUGCUCUGGUUCUCCAGAAGCAGCUUAGUCAUGCUGGCCACAUGACCUGGAAGCUGUACGCCGGCUCCCUCGGCCAAUAAAGCGAGAUGAGCGCCGCAACCCCAGAGUCGGCCACGACUGGACCUAAUGGUCAGGGGUCCCUUUACCUUUACCUUUACCUUUACCUAGCUUAAGCCCACCUUCCUCAACUUGCUGCCCUCCAGACAUCAAGGACUACAACUCCCAUCAGUUGUGCAGGCUGGGGCUGAUGGGAGUUAGGGUCCAAAACAUAUAAAGGGCAACAGUUUGGGGAAGGCUGGUAUAAGCUAUUGUGCUGUUACAUACCCAUCUUAUUUGGAGACAGCUACAUAGUUCCAACUUCUUAAAUACUCAAGUUCAAACUCAGUGUGCCGUAGAUCUAUAUUUUGCUCAGAAUAGCAUGAUGAACAUGCUUAUUUCAGUUACUGAUUGAGAUUUUCUAAUUCUGCUUGCUUAGGCAAAUUAAGAUAGAGAUGGAUCAAUGUAAAGAUGAGCUAAUAGACAUGGAGAAAGAGUUAGUUCACUUAAGACGAGAUGGUCACGCUAAAGCAUCGCAGCUGGGCCACCUGGAAAUGACUUUGGAGGAGAAACAUGAAGAACUGCAGAAAAAGACGCAGCAAGGUAGGCUCUUUACUGUGCUUUUUCAAUGCAAAGGCCACACAUAACUACUUUGAAAUGAAUGUGAUGUGUUUCUCAUGGAUAAUAUACAUUGGAAUGGUAAGCCUACAUGAACGAAACUGACAGGGAACAGGGCUGUAGAAUCUUUGCAGAGCUGUCUAAUAUGUAUGACUAGCACAGCUGCUAGCUUUUUCACUGCUAGAACAGAGCCGUGAAUUCAGUAUGUAGUCCUCAGUCUACACACCUAUAUACACACACACACACACACACACACACUUAACAUCCUUUUCUGCUUUCCAUAUGCACUACAGUGAAACAGUUAGAAGAUAAAUUGCUUCAAGCUGAGACACAGCAAAAGGAUUCUGAGCAGAAAAUAGGAACGCUGGAGACUGACCUGCAGAAUGCCACUGGGAAGCUAAAAACUAGUUUGAGACAACUGCAAGAACUACGGAAUAUGCUACAGGAAACACAGUUGGCUCUGGAGGAGAAGUAUGCUGCUAUCGAGAAUUUAACAGAAGAACUAAGGUAGGCUGAACCCUUGUUACUUAGCUGCAUCACCAUUGUGGACUAGUACUUUGGAAACCUUAUGCUUUAUUUUUAAAUUGAAAUUGCAGAGACUGCAAGGAUGAACUUGAGAACAAAAGGCAAGAACUCCUUGAGAUGGAAAAGAUACUAAAAGAAAGGAAUUGGGAUUUGAAACAAAGAGCAGCUCAGGUUAGAACUUUAUCAGUAUAAUUUAUGAAUUUGGAGAAGCUUCAUACAUGUUUUGGGGGCCUAAGUGAUAACCACAACUCUGUGGUGCAUAAUUUCAUACAUAAUAAGCAACUUCUAAUUCUUGUUUCAUGUUUCUGCCUUCAAUCUCUCUCCCUUUUUAGGUUACACAGUUGGAUAUGUCAAUCCGUGAGCACAGGGGAGAAUUGGAACAAAAAAUAAUUAAAUUAGAAGGAAAUUUGGAAAAAGCAGAGUUGCAGAUCAAGGAAUGCAACAGACAGGUGCUUUGAUUAUCUGUUAUUGGAAAAAAAUUAUUGUAUUGAAGUCAAAUGUAACCCUUACUAAUAUAAUAGCUUGUGGAAGUUUUGAAGCAUGAAACAGUAUAUGGGCUGUGUGUAUCUUAACUAACAAUAUAGUUUUUUAAACAUAGCAAUACAUGUUGUGCCAUUAAUGUACAUAAAAUUAUAACAAUUGCACAAGUAGAACAGUGCCAUAAUCACAAGUGAGUUACAAGAAGGCUUACAGGACAUGUUACCUGCCUGUACACAAUCAAUAUAUUUUACCACUGCAGAACAGUUACCUGACAAAACAGUUACCUGAAACACAUUGGUGCUGCAACAUUCUUUUGUACCAACCACAUAGGUGACUCCCCCUUCACAUAGGUGACCCCCUUCUCCUUUUAUUGGUGUCAGCAGUUGCAGGCCCUGCCCAUUCUGAGGAUGACUUUUCUGAAACUACAUAUGUAUGAGGGUAAAAAAUGGAAGGGAAGGAGCCAUCUUGAACCACAAUUAAUGAAAAAUACUAUUGCAUUAACUAAAGUGGAAGAGUUAAAUACUGUCACAGAAUCUGCACAACUGACCAACUGUAGAUUUUAAACAGAAGUUGUAGAGUUUAAUUCCCAUAAUGUAUAUAAGAUGUGCUGUGGGGCUUUUGUUACAAUUCCUAAAAUAGAUAAUUCUCUUAAUAAGUAAUGCUGUUCUACACCCUGUUGCCAGAUUGAGAGUUUAGAGAGCAAGCUACAGCAUUCCAAAGGUGAACUUCAGGAGAAAGAGUUGAUCAUCCUCCAACAAGAUCAAGAGAUAAAUCGUCUUAAAAAGGAAACUGGAAGAAAACAGGAAAAAGUAACAGAUAUUGAGAAAGUAAGUUUUUUAUUUGCAUAAUGGUUUUUGUCUGUGACUAUAGUCACUAUCUGAUUUUUCAUCAGCCUAAACCAUAAAGGAUAGAGAGAAAUGCAUCCUGUUCAUAAGGGGUUGAAUCCAGAUUUGCUCUUCAGUAAACAGAAGGCUCCUGCUGGAGGAAGCAAGGGGUGUCUGAAUUUUUAUUUAUUUAAUUAUUGCUGAAUAUACACACACACACCUCUUCACAGCAGACUUUUAUAUUAUAAGUGCAAGGGCUGUGAUGGGGUGGGGAAGAAGUAAUUAGCAAAUAUUACUUCCCAUGCAAGCAGCUUUUUGUACUCUUGAUCCAUCAAUUUGACAGUAAGUGUCUAUAUAGGAUUGUGGCCUCAUUGUUUGUUUCCCUUCAUCUCAUGGUGGUCUUUUAAGUCUCAUAAUAUGCUACUGAUUAUUUAUCAUAGUGAGGACAGAAGGCUACACAGAUAAUGGAUCUGAUAAGGCAUGGCAGCAGAAUGGUAUGUUAAAAAUGAAAAAAAAGGAUGUAAAAAUGCUUAAGUUUUGUUAAUGCACAUUGUUUACCCCUUUUAGAAGGUGGAGGAACAGGAAAGGUUCAUGGCAGAACAGCACAAAGAAAUACUUGAUUUGGGUCAGCAGCUGAGGCUAGAACGUGAACAGAUGAAAAAGGUCCAUUUGGAGCUACUGGAAAGUCGCCGUCAACAGGCUCAAGCUCAGAGAGAUGUAGAUAGGCUCUCUCUUGAACUGGAAGAAGUGAACCACCUCUCACAUGAAAAAGUAACCGUUUUUCAUAGUUCUUCCUGUCAACAGAAUUGGCUCGAUACAGGAGUGUUCCUGUACCCAAUUUAAUGUGUAUUGGGCAACAAUGGCUUCCUCACUUUAAUGGGGGUUCAUUGGUUCCCUGCAAGCAGAAAGGGAAAGGAGGAAGGAGGACUAUAUACUACAUGCUUAAAUAUAUUGUUGCUGAUAUUAUUCAUUUCAUAAUUGCCUUUUAGGAAAGUCGUACAAAUCAUUUGGCAGAACAACUAGGGGCAGCUCAGGCACGGGAAGCCCAGUUAGAAGCAAGAAUGCGAACGGAGAUUAGGAGGCUCUCAGCAGAAAUACACUCUCUAAAGCAGUCUUAUACGUCAGAGGUAAAAACAAAAUUGCUCUUCCCAACAUGUGUUGUAUUUUUAGAUGUAUUAGAACUGAACAGUUAAUUUUUAUCUUGGAAUUUUAGAGACUGGCCGUAGGUUUUGCUUGACACCUUGGUUUAAAAGGAAAACUUUUGAUUCUGGCAUUGCAAAUAAGGGAGAACAUAGGAAGAUCCAUUGGCCAACCUACGGUGAUUGGCAGUGGCUCUCCAGGGUUUUGGGCAGCGUUCUCUCCCAGCCCUACCUAGAGAUGCUGGGGAUUAAACCUGUGACCUUCUGCAUGCAAAGCAGAUGCUGUACUACUCAGCAAUAGGCCUUCCCCAAAUGCUUCAGGACCAUUCAUCUUUCUCAUCCCUUCCCAAACAUAAGUUCAGCUACCUUCAUCAAAUUACUAAAUCAACACUGAUAGACGUGACUUUAACAACAGAACAUUUGAUUUUGGGGACUGUCAUUUGAACAAGGAAUACCGUAAUUAUGUAUCAAUUGGGACAUUAGCUUAAUAAGGCUAUUUGUUCCAUGCCUCUAUUAUAAGUUUAAAUAAACGGAUCAUAAAAAGUUUAUUUAAACAUAAAUUAAAACAUAAAAGUUUUGAAUACAUUUUGUUGUCUAUCUCUUCAGAAACUCUUACAUGAAACAGAGGAAACAAAACGGAAGGAGUCGAUAUCUAAAUCUCAUCACCUUUAUGGGCAGUUGCAGCAGCUGAAGCUAGACCUGGAAGAUGCACAAGGCACCGUGUGUAAUCUACAAGAACAGCUUCAGUCCAGAAAUGACAUGAUUGAUGCAGCAAACGAAGCUCUGCUUCUCAAAGUGAGUAAGCACAAGAAUGUGUUUUCUUGACAUACAAGGCAGCGUGGCAAAAAUCUCCUGUACAAGGAGAAAUUAAUAAAAUUAUCCAACUUCACUGAUACUUACUACCAAAGAUCAUUAGCAAUUAGGCUUUUGUGAGACUUGAGGGCCAAAGAUGGUCCUCCGAGCCUAUUUGGCUACGGAGACUCUCCCCAGACCACAUCCUGUCUCCCCAGAACCUGCCUCUCACUGGCCGUACUCUGUAUCAUCCUAGAGUGCCUUUGCUUGGCUGGAAUGUGUCCUUGAUGAUGCCUCUUGCUUGGCUAGAUGGAAAGGUGGGGGGGGUGCCAACCUCUGGUUUUUGCAUGAUGGAAUCCAAAGCUAAGAGUCCCAUCCUUUGCUGUGCUUAGUUCUAUCUUGGACCACCCCCACUUUUGCCUCUAGCUGCACUCGAGAUGGGUGUUCAACCCCAGGGAAUGCAACUAUGGGACUUAAAAAUUUCCCCACCCCUGGUUUGGAGCCUGACUAGACAUUUUUAGGGGGUGGCUGUUGUUGACCUAUGUGUUCCCAUUUUCUGGAUAAUAUCUAGAAUAAGAAAUAGGAAGCCCAAUCAUGUUCAGUGUCUUCCUGCCCUCUGUAGAUGGCAGCCAAUGAAGUGGGACAGGGAAAUGCUGAAAACAUUGUCACCGAAUGAAGUGCUAAGCUAAUGUGAAAGGCAUAAUAUUUUCUUAAUAAAAGUGUUGAGUUAUUUGUUUUUAUUACAUUUUUAGGAAUCUGAAGUAACAAGACUACAAGCUAGAAUUGCAGGCCAUGAAAGAACAGAAAGCAUCAAGCAACUAUCAGCCCCACAAAACAUAUCCACUCAUCAAUGGUUAGAUCAAGAGCCAGACUUUGACAGGCAUUCUCAGAGAAAAUCUGCAAGCACUAAUGAUCCAAGUUUUAAAGAUGAUGGAAAUCUAUUAAAACCGAAAAACAUUUUUACAACCAAUUCUUUGGUAAUUUGUAGGAAGCCAAAAGACACAAUUCACGACUCACCAAAAAGUCCAGAUGAAUCGUCCUUUGAUCCUUUGACACACAUUGUGGAGGAGGAUGAGACUUGUGAUAGCAGUGACUUCCAAACUCUUAGUGGCAUGCUAAAAUAUAUCAACAAAGAGAUGAGUUCUGAAAAUUCUCCAUAAUUUUCACCUGAUGUAAAGGACAAUUCAAGUAUGUAUUUCUGUACCAUAGUAUUUCUUAGGCAAAUAGGACACAGUUCACUUUGUCUGGUGGUGGGGCAGGGAAAUGAUAAUAUUGUUCCCUCUUUGAGUUACAUUUUGUGGAGCAAGCAUGACUACUAAGAUGUAUUAACUAAUUAAUGUACCUCUAGGACAGACUUUACAAAUGUAUCAAGAGUGCAUAUAGGGUCCCUUUUUUUUUUUAAGGACAUGAGCUCAAUCAAAAAUAAAAAGCAUGAUCCUUUGCAGAAGUAAGUUCCACUGUUCAAUGCUUACCUAUCAGGUGAGUGUGCAUAGGAAUGCAGCCUAAACCUGAAAACCGUUUUGAGGAAUUUUCUUCAGGACUAGUUUUUACCUGAUGGUAAUUGCAAACAGAGCAUUAUGAAUAAUGUAAUUCAAUGCUUUUGAUAGAUAUUAGGAUAUCAUCAAGUGCGUAAGUUCUGAUUUAGACCAGUUAAUGCUGUCUCCCAAGAGGUGUCCAAAAUCAUAUAUGAGAGCUCUCAAGGUAGGGAUGGAUCUCUCUGGGUUUGUGAUAGUGCGUAGCACGUCAUCCACAAAUAUGACUAUCUCUUGUUCCCUAACAGCUGCAUGGAUACUGCUGAUCUCACUACUGUAUAUCCAUGGGUUGCACAGGUCAGAGGUUCCAAACACAAAUAAAAAAAGAAGGCUUAUUCCAUUCCUUACCAGGAAUGAGUGGGGCAGGGGAAAGUAUCCUAUUUGUAAAUUACGCAGGAAGACCAUAGGAUCCUAUCAAAGGCCUUCUCUGUAUCAAAUAAGGGGAGGGCGGUUGGGUGAUUAUUAUGCUUGUUCAAGUACUUAGUGUGAGACCAGUAAUUCAUUUUAACUAGAACUUGAGGUCUGCAUGAAUUUCACAUUUGUUAAUGCCUAUGUUAAUAUCUGUUUCAGGAACAAAGAUUGUGAAGUAACAGUGUGCUGGCAAGCAGUCAACCACAGAUGGAUUUAUUGUCUUCAUGAAUAUAAUGAUGUGCCAUUUUAUACAAACCCUGUAUAUAUUUGAGAAACAUAGUGACUCAUAAUCCCUUCCUAUUUAUCCCAAUUCUAUUUUUUUAUUACUGCUUUGAAGUAAUUUGUACAGUAAUAAAGGUGUGGUGGGUUUUUUUUUCUCUUAAAGGGAAAUCUGAAGGAUCUGGAUUUUUUAAAAAACUAUUUUCCUGAUACUUGAAUAUUUCAGAUAAAUGUAUUAUUAUUGAAUUAAUAAACAAACAAUACACA